AUGAACGACAAAGAUGAAUAUUGUUCUAUUCUUUGUCUUGAUCAAGGCGUUUCCUAUACCAAAGCCAAGGCCAAUGAUACGCUAGAUAAUUUCUUAAAUAAAGCACGCAAUGACUUUGGUCAUGCGGCUUUAUUUAGCCCACAUGUAAACAAGAAUAUCGAUGAAACUAAUUUCAUGGUUUCACCAAUUGUCACUAUACAAGUAACUAAGUUUGAAUGUGGUGGACUCGCUAUAUCAACCAGUAGUUCACAUCCUGCAAUGGAUGGUUUCUCAAAUUUUCAAUGUACUUCUGAGUGGGCAAAAGUGUGUAGAAUGGGGACUCCAAUUGACAAGAUUAAUUUUUUAAGCGUCAAUAUGGGUGAUAUUUUUCCAACAAGAGAUAUAAUAGGACUUUUCAAGUCAACCCCUAUUCCAGUUAUACAACAAGAUAUUAUUGUCAAGAGAAUUGUCAUCCGUGAGGCUGUUAUUGCAAGGCUAAGAAAAAAAUGCAUUGAUGAAUCAUGUGGAACUUUGACUUUUCAACCUUCAAGGGUUGAGAUUAUUACAGCAAUCCUAUGGAGGGCUUUUAUCUGCGCUACAACAAUUAUAAACGGGAAUGCGGUGAAUAAAAUUGUUGCUUCAUGUAAAAAAGCUAAUUCACCAGAUGAAAUAGUGUCAACGUUGGUUAAUUCAUAUAAUGAAAGUUUUCGAUCACCAGAGUGGGGAGGUAACGAUGAAGUUGACAAAGUUAUGUGUACAAGUAUCUGUAAGUUUCCUGUGCACGAUUCUGAUUUUGGUUUGGAAAAACCAAACUUAAUAUUUUUCGGAAUGAAAGACACACAAAUGUUUUGGUUGCAUGAUAUUGGACCUGAAAUUGGUGUUCAAGUGGACUUGAAGGAAAGUUGUAUGCAGUUAUUUGAUCUUGAUGAUGACAUCAAAGAUCUCAUCUUUAUACGUGAUGCAAAACUAUAA